AUGGGAGCAUCCUUUGCCAUGAGCUCUCUUCUCCUGCUGCUCUGUGUCCAUCCUCACCGCCACCUCCUCGCCUGGGCCGCCAUGGACUCCUGCGUGGACGAGGAUGGCGCCCCGAGCCGCUGCAUGCCCAAGUUUGAGAACGUUGCCUUCAACCGCACUGUGGUGACGUCCAACACGUGCGGCUCCCCGCCCGAAGACUACUGCAUGCAGACCGGCUCCACGCGCUCGUGCCACCACUGCGACGCGUCCGAGCCGGACCGGAGCCACAACGCCGGCCUCCUGACGGACUUCCACAGGAACGAGGAGCCCACGUGGUGGCAGAGCCAGUCCAUGUACUACGGCAUCCAGCACCCCAGUUCGGUCAACCUCACCCUCCACCUGGGAAAGGCCUUUGAGAUAACUUACGUACGCUUGAAGUUCUACACCAGCCGGCCGGAGAGCUUCGCCAUCUACAAGCGCACGGAAGUAGACGGGCCCUGGUCUCCUUACCAGCUGUACAGCGCCUCCUGUAGGAAGACCUACGGGAAGGACCCCAAGGCCUUCCUCCGCCCCGGAGACGAUGAGAGGACGGCGUUGUGCACGGAUGAAUUCAGUGACAUCUCCCCCCUCACUGGGGGCAACGUGGCGUUCUCCACCCUGGAGGGCCGGCCCAGUGCCUACAACUUCGACCAGAGCGUGGUGCUGAAGGAAUGGGUGACGGCCACGGACCUGCUCAUCUCUUUGGACCGGCUGAACACCUUUGGAGACGAGUUCUUCAAGGACGCCAAAGUGUUGCGCUCGUACUUCUACGCCAUCUCUGAUUUCUCUGUGGGAGGCAGGUGUAAGUGCAACGGUCACGCCAGCGAGUGCGUGUACCAGGACCAGAGGGGCCAGGACCAGGACCAACGGGGCCAGGACCAGGACCAGCGGGGUCUGGUGUGCUCCUGCCAGCAUCACACGGUGGGAGACGACUGCCAGAGGUGUCACCCCUCCUACCGGGACCGGCCCUGGACCAGGGCCACCGGGGACUCGGCCAACGAGUGUCUGAAGUGCAACUGCAGCGGGCGGUCAGAGGAGUGUGAGUUCGACAUGGAGCAGUACCGCAGCACCGGCAGUGGGGGGCGCUGUGUGAGCUGCAGAGACCACACCGCCGGGCCCCAUUGUGAGCGCUGCAGGGAGAACCACCACAGGGGGUCUGCGGAGGAGCCCUGCCGGCCAUGCAACUGCAACGUCAACGGUUCAGUGGGGCUGCAGUGCGAUGCAGGAGGAAGGUGUGUGUGUCGUGUCGGCGUGACGGGGGAGACGUGUGACACGUGUCGGGCCGGAUUCCACUCGCUCGGCCACGGCGGCUGCAGGCCGUGUGACUGUGACCCCGGGGGGAGCGUGGACGACUGCUCUCCUGUGGAUGGAGGCUGUCGCUGUAAGCCCAACGUGGAGGGGCAGAGCUGCGACAGAUGCAAGCCAGGUUUUUUCGACCUACAACGAGUGAACCCGGCCGGAUGCCAAGCGUGUUUCUGCUUCGGCCACUCGCUGGCCUGCUCCUCGUCCAAUCAGCACACUGCUGUCGGCAUCACUUCUGACUUCAUCGAAGAUCAGGACGGCUGGCUGGGAGAGUUCUCCGGGGGGCAGGAGUACCCCCUGCUGUGGAAGGAAGGGGAAGUCUUCCUGCUUCCUCUCACCGAGGAAGACAUCGGCUUCUACAAAGCCCCCGAGAAGUUCCUGGGUCAUCAAGUCUACAGCUACGGCCAGCUCCUCUCCAUCACCUUCACCUCUGAGACCGCCGAGCUGCUCCCCGACCACGUCACCUUGCUCCUCCGGGGCUCCGGAGCCUCCCUCUCCGCUGACCUUUCACCCCGACCCGGGCUCGACCGUGACCUCGCGGCGCGGCGCUCCUUCGUUGUCAGGCUUCAUGAAAAUGAGAUGAGGUUCAAACCUCCAUCGUCUGCCUUUGAGUUCCAACAAGUCCUUCAGAACCUGACGGCUCUCAGAAUCAGCAACGCCGGAGGACCCAACUACACGUCGGCGCUGUCGGAGGUCACCCUGACCUCGGCUUCCCCGUCCUCCGGGCCGGCCGACCCUCCGGCCCCGUGGGUGGAGUCUUGUUUCUGUCCGUCGGGGUUCUCCGGGCAGCUUUGCGAGCGCUGUGCUCCGGGAUUCACCCGGGAAGCCUCCGGCGGAGGGCCGCUCUCGGCUUGUGUGCCAUGCGACUGCCACCGGCAUGGAGCCUGUCAUCCAGAGACAGGUGCCUGCGAGUGCUCAGACUUCACCGCGGGGAGGACCUGCGAGCGAUGCCUGGACGGUUACUACGGCAACGCUUUGAUUGGCACGCCCGGUGACUGCCGGCCGUGCCCUUGCCCGGACCGUACCAGCUGUGCCGAGAUCGCGGCGACGGGACAGGUGGUCUGUACCAACUGCCCCACGGGACAGACAGGGAUGCGCUGUCAGAUGUGUGAGGAUGGUUACCAUGGGGACCCCCUGGGACAAUCUGGUGAAGCUCAACGGUGCGUGAGAUGCGACUGCCACGGCAACGUGGACUCCAACGCGCUGGGAACGUGCGACCGCACGACUGGCCGAUGUCUGAAAUGUCUGCGGCACACCGAGGGCGACCGGUGCCAGCGCUGCCAGCGGGGUUACUACGGCAACGCUCUGAGCCAGACGGCCGGCCACAAGUGCCAGCCGUGCGGCUGCGAUCCUGGAGGAACCUCCGAGCCCCGGGAUGAAUGCCACCCUCACACUGGAGCGUGCCGGUGCCUCGGUCACGUGACCCGACGGGACUGCAGCCACUGUGAGGUCGGCUUCUUCAACCUGCAGCCGGCUGUCGGGUGUGAGAGGUGCAAGUGCAAUCCCAUUGGCUCGUCGUCCAUCGCCUGUCAUCCAAUCACAGGGCAGUGUGUGUGUCGUGCCGGGGUGGAGGGCACACUGUGUGGUUCCUGCCGCGAGGGCUUCUUUGGAUUCUCGUCACGAGGUUGCAGAGCCUGUAACUGUGACCCGAUGGGCUCCUCCUCGAUGCAGUGUCAUGGUAACGGUACCUGUCUCUGCCGCCGAGGCUUCGUGGGUUACAAGUGUGACAAAUGUGAGGUGAACUUCUUCCAGAGCAGAGACACCCACCAGUGUGAGGCGUGCCCGGCCUGCUACGGCCUCGUCCAGAAACAGGCAGAAGAGACGAGGACCCGCCUGCAGCAUCUGGAGAAGCUGCUGGCUCACUUGGAUUGCCGAGGUAGAUUUGGGAGGCGGGGUCACAUGGUCCUCCCUCUGCGGCCCGAGCACCAGAGGGAGGACGCGCUACCCAACGCCCUGGAGGAGUUCCUGGCCUUCCAAGAAGCUCGGGAGGCCUUCAUAAACCAGUUCUCCUCCCUGGAGGCGUCCACGGGCACGCUCUCCGCCCAGCUGCACGCCAUCACGGCCACCUUGAACUGCAGCGUGACGGAGGAAGAGGAAGAGGAGGGGAGGAGGAAGGAUGGAGGAAGCAGGGCCGCCUGUCGGACCUUCACAGAAACCAUGUCUGUGGUCACAGCGUCUCAGAAACAGCUGAAGCGGGCCACGCUGGACCUGGACCGCAUGAUCUUUCCUUUUGAGGUGCUGUCAGAGCCCAACAAAUGGAACAUGUUGGUCAACGACUCCCAAGCCCUCAUGAAAAGUCACAUAGAAGCAGCAGACCACAUUGAGGCCACAGCCAGCCGGGCGGCCCGAGCCUCGGAGCAGACCUUGGGUCUCCUGAUGGAUCUUCUGCAGGACAACUCCACAGAGGAGUACAUCAGGAAGCUGACGGAGCAAAUAACUCAAAUGCAGCAGCUGAAGGAGAACCUGACGGCACAGGUGGAUGAAACGGCAGCCGAGCAGCUGGUCCUGGAGGAGGAAGCUGCUGGUCUACAGCUGGUCCUGGAGGAGGAAGCUGCUGGUCUACAGCUGGUCCUGGAGGAGGAAGCUGCUGGUCUACAGCUGGUCCUGGAGGAGGAAGCUGCUGGUCUACAGCUGGUCCUGGGUACCAUCACAUCCGACACCAGCCCGUCAGCACCAGAGCUCAACCAAACGCAUACGACCAACAGGAGAGCAGAGCGGGGCGAGGACCUGCUAAAACGAAAAGAAGAACUGGACAAGCAAAUUCAGAGCAAAGACAACCUCAUCAGUAAGAUCGGAGAGGGGGUGGAGCCUCUCAAACACACCGCCAGGAAGCAGCUGCAAGCCGUGGGAGACAUCAGCCAGCUGCGAGCUCACGCUCAAGGGGCAAAGGUCACGGCUUUGUCGUCCGUGGUGACGGGGAAAGAGGUGGAGUCUGCCGCCAUCGUCCUGCACAGAGAACUCGAGUACAUGGCGCGGGAGUGGCCCCGUCGGCAGACCCAGACCAGGACGGCCCUGAAGAAGGAAAGACCACUGCAGGACAAGGUUCUGGCUGACGUCCGCAAAAGGGUCUCGCAGAUCGAGAAGACGCUCAAACCGGCGCUGGAAAACCUGAACCUCAACACCACAAAGGAGGCGGAGCAGACGGCGCACGCUGUGGCAAAGGAGUCCAAAGCCAUUCUGAUCCAGGCCAAGCACACCAGGACUGCAUCUGCUCACCUGAGCUCCCACAUAGACUCUGCUUUACAGCAGCUGGCUGAGCAGGAGAUGCACACUGACACAGUCACCUCCCAGAUCAGCCAACAGCCGGAGGCGUCCCUGACCAGCGUCAUGGAGGACAUGGAAGCAGCCAAGCUCCAGUUAAAGGCCUAUUCUGUUACACUAACCCAGCUAAUCAGCAAGAUUGAUGGGAACGUGCCGCUGGAACGCUUCGACCGGAUCUUGGAUGAGACGGCGCGCCGCCUGAGCACGCUUCGCGGGAGCGUUGAGAGCCCGACGCUGGGCUCCAAGAUCCAGAAGCUGAAGUCGGCCACCAAGGAGCAGCACAGCAGGAUGUCCUUCAUCGAACAGGACUUACAGGAGAUCCGGGAGGAGAGAGACAGUCUCAGGGACAUCGCUUUAAACCUGCCUCCGUCGUGCCCCCAGGCCACAGGAGCAGGUAGCGGCUAGACGCUGGAGAUGAGCGGCAUUGGGUUAUGAUUAGUCUGAGGAUUCUGUUCAUAAGAAAAGGGCUAGGCCAGGUUUUAAAUAAUAUUAAUUAUUAUUCUGCUUCAAAAAGGUCAGUUAUAUCCUUAAACUUUCUUAUUUUUUUCCAUCUUUUGCCCCAAGGUAUUUUUUUUUU